AAGAGACGGGCUUCGGACUACGACGCUGAGCUCGCAGUCGGUUGCCAGCAGAAAGUCCUCGAUCGUUCAUGGGUGCGGUUCUGCCGCGUGCAACGCGUGUAGUAGUCGGAGUGUGCGUGUGGAAGCGUUGUGUCGUCGGUUGUAGUUUCUGAAUUUGAUUCGACCAGUCAGCAUUGGUACAGCGCUUCAAAGCGACCGAAAAUUGAAGAACAAAAGUAGAAACAUCUCAAAAUUUUCCGACGCACCCGUGUGGAAGAGAAGGAGAGAAGAUUGAAUCGACGCAAGAGUGGGUUCUAUAUAGGUACGAGAGAGAGAGUGAGAGAGAGAGAGAGAGAGAGAGAGAGAGAGUGAGCCGGUGAUUCAUCGCCACACUUCGAAAGGACCAACUCAGCAGAGAGCAUCGUCUGCGAGGCUUAUUGCAUUCCGCUUCGAAGCUUCCCAGCUCAGUACAGCAGCAUCGAUCGAUCGUGCCACAUUCGACAUUCGGCCAGCGUGAAAUCGUCAAGCUUUCUCGAGCGCCAAGUGAAAACGACGACGCAAGAGCCGAGCCAACAACGACGUGGCGUAGCCAUCUUGUCUGGCAGCAGUACAGCAGUAUCAACGGUGAACCCACAGCGCCGUCCCCGCCGACGGCCUGCAUCAUCAGUAACAGCGGCAGCAGCUUCCCAGGAAGCUUCUUCGUCCCAGGCCAGACCAGCUUGUUUAAGCUGGCCGCCUACGAUCCAGUCAGCAGCGAGCAGCAGCAGAGGCACAUCGUCGCCAGUAGUUCGGAACACCAUCGCCAGGGGGACCCGACGCGACAUCACGUACGCAGCAUCAUCGAAGCGGUCCAGUGUCGCAGGAGGCCAUCUGUAACAGUUCUGUCGUGAUAAAUUCGAGAGUUCCGCAAGAUCAGUGAAAUGAGGUUAGAAAUCGUAUCGGCGGCGGACUUCCUCGUGCAGCUGCUGCGCCUGCAAGCCGGACAACUGUCCGAGGGCCAGCUGCAGUCGUUCAAGAGCUCGCUGACAGAGCUGCUGAGGCGUCGCUACCGGGACCACUGGUUCCCCGACAAGCCGAACCGGGGCAGCGGGUACCGUUGCAUCCGCAUAAACGGCAAGAUGGACCCCGUCAUCGCCCAAGCUGGCAUCAACGUCGGCCUCGUGCCGACUCUCCUGCACAGCCUCUUCCCCAGUGAGUUGACUAUGUGGAUCGAUCCUGCAGAGGUCUCCUACAGGAUCGGUGAGAAUGGAUCCAUCUGCGUGCUGUUCGAGGGUUCGCAAGAGUCCUCCUCGGCCUCCAGCAGCUCGGGCUCGGGCUCGGUCGACGAGCACUACCACCACCAUCUGCAUCACCAGCCCCAGCACGUCCAGCAGCAUCACCACCAUCAUCACCAUCACCAGCAGCACCACCAUCACCACCAGCAGCAACAGCCGUUCGAGAGUUGCAAGGACUCGCUGCUGCUCGAGCAUACGCAGUUCAGCGAGCAGAUCGCUGCCUUCGUCUCCAGUUGAAUGAGCCGGAGGACGGCUACAGCUGGACGCUGAGAGGAGAGCGGGAGUAAGAAUCGAAUGACUGAAUGCGUGAAGAUUAAGGAUUACGAGUUUUUGGGUUGAUUACCGGUACCACCACCACCACCACCACCCAUCCACCAGCAUUACUAUUAGUUUCUCUAUUUUUUUUUAUUUAUAACAUGAAAUAAAGUUGCAAACUUUAUUCCGAAGUGCGAGUCUUGAAAGCAGUUGUCGUUGAGUCGUCAUCUGUAAUGAUUAUUGCCCUUUCUUUCACCGGCCACACUGUUUUAUUUACCGAGACUGCAAAAAGCAUACCACACCAGCAGCAUCUCCAAGAUGGAUAACGAUGGUGAUGAUGAUAAUAACGUAGAUGAUUCGAUUUAUCGACUGAAGAUGUAGAAGUGCACGAGGGAGGAAGAAGUUUAAUUGUGUAUAUUGUAAUCGCAAGAAUAAAUUUGAAUGUUCGUGAUUUUUGAAGAAGAGAUGAGAGUCCCUUUUUUCUGCCGGAGCGCCGACGUAUAUACACGUAUGUGCAUACCUCGGCUGUGCGCAUCCAGCACCGGCGCCAUUAUACUCGUCCUCGGCCACUGCUCCGAGGAGUGAUUUACACGAUGAUCUCAUGAGAGGAUGGCCAAGCGAUCCGGCCAUUUCCGCAGUUGUUUUUUUUCUUCGGAGAGGAGCAAAAGAAGCGAGAAGAAGACCUGCAGUACCCCGCUACUUUCCACUUGGCAGAGCGAAAGAGAGAGAGAGAGAGGAGUCCGAAGAAGGAGAAGCAGGAGAAGAAGAAGCUGUUGGAUUCGUCCGUCGUUGGAGCAUCGACGAAGGCGACACGCUCUGUCGUCGAUCACAAACACGUAAACUUAUAAUUACACAGCUACACACACACACACACAUACACUUUUGAACUGCGCGCGUACGCACAACUGUACAUAAGAGACGUAUGCUGACGCGCGUGGACAGCGUUGUACAAACACGAAAGAACAAAAAUGGGAAAACAGCAAAUUCGUGUGUGGGCGUCGCGUGCGACUUUUGCGAGGAUUUCCUCUGGCCGUCGGACGCGUGCAUCGGCCCACAGCUGAUGCGCGCCGCCGACGGGUCGGGGAAACGCGCGCGAACGUCACACGCACUGGCCAGUCAGCCGCGGUUAUUAUAUAUUACAAACGAGAGAGAAAAAGUAAAUUCUUUGUGUAUAUUGUAUCCUUCGAGAUGAUGAAGCGAACCGACAAAACAAAAACAAAACAGCUGUGAUUUUCUUCGCGGGAGGGGAGAAUGUGAUUGAGAUUCGUACAACACAGGGGGGUUCAACGUGAAAAUUUUUUUCGAGUGGCUUCUUUUGUGACUGUGUGCCGCAGUAUCCGUGAGAGUGAAUGGGAGAAAAAAUGUUUCUGUGUUUCGAUCCGGUGGCUCCUUUAUGGUGAACGAGUUUACGGUUGGGCUAAAUCCAAGUCAUUUUCUUUUUUUUAAUAAAACAUAAAUGAAAAAAAAAACAAAAAAUAGUUUAGUUAUAUUACACGUGUGUUGUUGUUUUGAAGCAGUUGUAUAUUUGUAUUUAUAUAUUAUUUAUGAAGAAAAAACGCGAAUCAGAUCUCAUCGGCGCGCGGCUCCGAGAGCCCGCGACCGAGCCUGUCCAAAACAAAGUAAUCGGUUCACUGGGUGAAUAAAUUCGUUGUAUUUUAUAUAUAUAUAUAUAUAUAUAUAUAUAUAUAUAUAUAUAUAUAUAUAUAUAUAUACAUAUAUAUAUAUAUUUGUAUAUGUAAAAAGCUGUUCGAAUGACAAAAAUAAAAAUAUAUAUAUAUAUAUAUAUAUUUAACGUAAUAAAUUGUACAAAAAACGCGUAGAGUGAGAGUGUGAGCGAAAAAAACAAGCUUCAGAAGCUUAAACUUUUUCGACAAUCAACUAGACGUCCGUACACCAAAGGAGGAGCCACUAGCCAACGACUGGAAUUCUUACAAGGCGUAAUUAUUAUAAUAUUUACACAGACACACAGACACAAACUGUAGUCUUUCCUUCUCCGAUGUGUGCCUCGUUCUAUCGUAUCGCGCGUGAUAGAUAAUGACGUACGAUCGAACGAUCCGCACCGAGAAAGCCGCAGCGGGGACGCGCCGAGUCUCCUCUGCCGUAUACGCGCGCUGAGUUUCAUAAAGAAUUUUAAGAUAUUACUGCAGAUUAUGGUUAUAAGUUAUCGAUACACAAAUAUACGGUCGGAUUGAUAAGAGUGCAUUUGCAAUUUUUUUUCUGUCCUUCACAACUUACGCAUAUAAUAUAUACAUAUAUAGGGAGUAGCGAGAACAAGUGAGUCGAGGGGAAGUUUCAGCUGUGUGCGUGCAUGUUACGUUGCUCGAGUGUCUUCUGUGUGAAAGUUUGCUCGCCGGUUUGUGUGUGUGUGUGUGUGUGUGUGUGUAUUUCCGUGCGCAUGAGAAAUAACGAGAGAGAACACACUGACUGAUGAUGAUGAUGAACGAGAGAAAUUUAUCGCGCUCGGCGUCGAAGAACAAAGGCUCUUGUACGUAUAGAAAAUAGUUAAAAGAAAAAAUAAAAUAACCACGUCUGUGAUUAUAAUAAGUGUUAUAUAGAGGAGAGAAUGGACUGCGUGAAUGAGGGACUCGGAGAGGUUACGCGUCGUGCCAGGCUCUAAACGGGAGCUGAUUGUAACAUCCGAAUGCGUUUCUCUUUUCGCAAAUUGUACCUCGCGGUCGUCUGUACGGCUUCGGUGAGGUACACUUUGGGAUCGGACCAGCAGCGUCGACCGAAAUCCAAACGAACACCCUCAGCGGCGCUCGUUUCGUUUUCGCUCCGAUAGAACGGGGAGAAAAGACCUCGGACGACGCGCACCUCGACGACGCACCUCAUGAUAACGAAGAAAAACAAAAAUCGGCGUACACUGUAAUUGAUUGAAAAACAACAAAAAAUUAAGUGAAUUGCUGCACGCGUCCUCGGAUCAAUGCAUGUAUAAAUAUGUAUAUGUACUAAAGUUAAACACGGCCGAUCGAACGAUAUUCUUUUCUUAUACCAUACAAUAUACUUUACUCGUUACUCGUAACGAUCAUCAUAAACUAUAUACAUAUUCAUAUACUUUGAAUUCGUUCGUUUUUCUUUCUCCUUCUCCGAGAGAGUUGGCGUCGACGUAAUUGACGGCUCGGCGAAACGCUCUUCCAUUACUUCCGGGGUAUAUACGCGAACGAUCGCGCAAGCGAGAUAUAACACGGUGCUUAGGAUAGGUUUCGCUCGCUCGCUAGCGAGCCGCGGUCAAACGGACCUUUCUCCGGCUUCCAGCGCCAAAACCAUUACGAAAUCUCGCAUACACACGGAGAGCAAGUUUCCAUCGUCGCCAGUGCCAGCGCCAGUGCUUCGACGGAGGGCUGCUCCUUUUGAGAAAUGUUCACCCUUCACACUUUCGUCGAGCAUUCGAGAGAAUUGGAGCUGGAAAAAGGUCGCUUUGGCCCGGACGCUUUCGAGCACACAAUGAGAGCGAGCGAGAGCAAGUGGCGAAAGAGAGAUUUUUUAAUGCUUGCGAUUGCGUGCGCGAGUCCCGCGUUUCUCCUUCCGAGCCGUGGAUUUUUUCGAAAAGAAACGAGCGUCGCGGGGCACGCGGAGACGAGCGAACAUCAAACGCGAUACUCGCGCUUAAUCCUUUCUUUGACGGCUACCUUUUUCCCUUCGUUAUUUUCUCAUAUCCUACUGCGUACGUUAUAGUGAGAAAACACGAUACACGCGAAAUAUUCGAUAACGAGGGCGAUGAACAUACUGUAAGGGGAAAUAUGUAACGAGUGCGAUACAAACUAUCGAAAGAAAGACGAAUUGUAAUUAUUAUAAAUUGUAUGAUAACACACACACACACACACACGCGCGCACACACAUACACAUACACACUUACACGAGAACAUGUUAUAAUCAUUAUUAUUAUUACUAUACACUACUGGAUUGUUUAAGGUUCAAAGCGAGAUGGCGUGCGCAUUAUUAUGUAUACAUACUUAUAUAUGUGUAAGGAGAAUAUAUAACGAUAUAAUGUCGAUAAAUGAACUUGUAACUAUACAUAGAGUCCUUCAGGAAGAAUUUGUACAAACAAAAUCCGUCGCCCGGGGGCUCCGUUAUCCCGGGCGGCGCCGGCAAGUCUGUGAUUUUAGCUUGGUUAAUUCAGUAUUUUUUUAAAAUAUAACAAAAAAACGAAAAAAAUCGAGAACGAAAUCAACGCGAUGAAACGUAAUUAAAACCAGAAAAAAAUGCAAAAAAACAGAAAAAUUACGCGAAUACAGAUCGACGAAUACAUAUAAAAAAAACAGUAAACUCAUGCGAGAAACUUUUUAAAUGUAUAACAAAAAAAAAACGACAACUGUCGGAAACGCGAGCGCGAGAUUUUGAACCACGAGAGUCUACAGCGAGUGUGUGAAUGCGAUCCUUAUUAUUUAUGCGACGACGAUAUACACAUGUAAAAAAGUGCGUGAAUGCGAUGGAAUGCCUGAUGCGAGAAGUUCAAUCGUUCUUGUCGAAGAGAAUCGGUUUCUUUCUUCUUCUCCGAUCCGCGAGCAAUGGAUUUGUGCGAGUGCGAAAGAGCGGCGAGCGUGUUCGCUUCUUUUUUUAUAUAUAUAUGUAUGAAGAAGUUGCGGUAUAUAUGUAAAAAAAUUACAAAGGCGAGAACACACACACACCCACAUAUAUAUAUAUAUAUAUAUAUAUAUGUAUGUGUGUGUGUGUGUGUGUAUGUGACGUCGACUGCUGUGUCGUACUGUGAGAGGGGUUAUGUUGCUUUUAUUACUUCGAAUGGGCGAAGAGAUAGAGAGACCGAAACAGAUGAUAAUGAGAAACCGGUGGAAAAAAGGGACGACAAUUGGUUAGUUUAGCGAGAGGGGGCGAGGAGGAGGAGGAGGACCCCUUGCCGCCCUUCGUGCUCUGCUGCUGUUUACGUGGCCUUCGAAUCUCGAACGGACGUGCGUCGCCCGGUCUUUUUAAUUUACUUUGCUGCUUCCUAACGUUUUUAUUUAAUGCACACACCUCUUUUCAGUUAUUUAUAGUUUUUUCGUUUGUUCAUGAAACCUUUUUGGGGGCGAAAAAACCAAAAACUUGGGAAAAUUGUACAAAGUUACGCGGUUUCCGUCGAUUUGUGAAAUCGAGCCGCGACAAUUGUGAUUAUUCUUGUAAAUAUACCUAAGGGUUAAGGGGGGUCGGGAGGUGAAACGCGCGCGCGAGUGAUAAUAUUUAUGACGUAUAACAUAUACGAAGAGGCGAAAAAGAGGAAAACGGUAAGCGAGGCCAACGCGAUCGAGAUUCGGGGGCGGGAACUGCUGGGGGUUUCGAACUUUAGAGUUCACACUUACACACACGUACACGUACACAAACACACACAUGAACAUGACUAUAAAACUCAACGACAACCAGUACAGGUUCUGUAAUCAGCGUGCGAUAAUGUUGUUAUGUGGAAUUAAAAUUUAACUAUGUAUCGUACAAAUGUAAAUUCGAAUUUUGCCGAACGUCGAACUCAUAUAGAAUUGGAUUAACGAUUAACGAUUAAUGAACAUGUCAAACAGAAAUUGUAAAACUGAAAUAGCGUUAUAUUGUAAACUGCAUCAAUGAACACGACAUAUAUACAUAGUUCAAGCGAUACACACAGCCACACACACACACGCAGCCACAUCAACACCCACACAUUAAUAGGCAGUAUAUAAAGCGAAGAUAAACAACCCGGGUGAAUUCGUAGACUUGAUGAAUUUUAAGGAAAAAUAAAAUGUAGGUGUACCGUAAUGAGAAGAAAAAACUCUACAAUGAUCUAUAAUUACGAUAUCUCUAUGAUUAUUGUAUCAUCAGUGUAUAAUUAUAUUUAGUUCGUAGGUCUCUCGUACACGAUAUUCUAUACAUAUUAUAUAUAAAGUAUAAAUAUAUAUAAAUAUAUAUCAUUUAAUGCUUGUACAUACGCUCUCGAGCUCGAAAAAAUUAAAAACUUUAUGCGCGUGCGUGGGAGAGUGCGAGAGUGAGAAUGACGGAGUGCGCGCGAGUAUAUAUGCAAGAGGAGAAUCUAUAAUUUUUUCGACUGUUUUUGUACAGAGAUACACAAAAUAAUGAUGAUAAUAAAAAUGAAACAAAAGGCCUCGUGCUUAUGAAAUUUCAUGAAUACAAAAAAUA